ACCCUCGUUCCUUCUGCUUUUCUUUUUCCAGCUCUCAGAGUCUGCAGCAGAGUUGGGAGAAGAAGAUGAAACCGGCGAGGAAGGCCGCCCCCUCCUCUUCAAUAGGCACCAAUAGCAAUAGCAGCAAUAGCAGCAGCGGUGGCCGUUCCCCGCCCUCAACGCGGGCCAAGGCCCAGAAGCGCAGGACGGUCGUGGAAGGCGAGGAGCCCCGGCCGGAGGAAGGGGUGGAGCCAGCGGAGGAUCCGGACGCAGAGCGGGCCCUGGCCUUUGCGCAGAUGGCGGGGGCCCAGGGUGACCCCUAUGCUUUGCCCCUUGAGGCAGAGACAGACGUGGGGCAAGAGGCUGGCGGGGCAGAGGCCUCCUUGAACCGCAAGACGGCCACCUUCAAGGCCCGUGUUCCCUGCAGGAAGCAGCCCCCAGGAGGGGGAGGAGCAGGAGGAGGAGGAGGUGGAGAAGAGCCUGGCGAGGGGGUCCCGGGGGCGUCGUCGUUGGGGGCGUCAUCAGGGACCCCGCUGCAGGAGGAAGCCCCCCGGCGCUGCCCCUCCUCCAGCACGGACACGGCCAGCGAGCACUCGGCUGAUGAGACCGAGAGGGGCCCGGGGGACGCCUGGGGGCCCCGCUUCCCAGGGGGCUUUGAUCUGCGGCAGUUGCGCUCCCAGCGGGUGCUAGCCCAGCGCGAGGGGCUCUUCCUCCCGGCCGUGGUCAAGCAGGUCCGGCGUGGGCAGGGCCUGGGGGUGCAGUUCCUGGGAGACCGGGCUACGGCCUUCUAUGAGGGGGCCCCAGGCUCCGUGGAGGUGGUCCUGGACAAUGCUCCUCCGCCAAGUGCACUGGCUGUGGGCACCGCGGUGUGCGCCUGUGUGGGCCCCGAGGAGGAGGCAAUGGCCGCUGCCUACCGGGAGGGCACCGUGGUCGAGGUCAGCACCAAGCCAGCCUCCUACAAGGUGCAUUUCACCCGACCCGUCGUCCUCCCGGGACCAGGAGGGGCCACGUCCAUGCGGAAGGACUCGGCCUGGCUGCCCAGGUCUGCCUUGCGCCUCCUGCGGCCGCCCUGGAGUGGUGAGGGGGAGACCGAGCCCCCCGAAAGGCUUCCCCCAUCUGUGCGGGAAGGGGAGGAGGGGGAGGAGGUGGUGCCGCUGCCGCCCCUGGCCCUCCCUUGCCCCGAGGCGAAGCACCCGGAGGACGCGGAGGUCUCCAAGAUCAGUGCAGGCGUGAGGGCCACGGAGGAGAAGCUGGUGUCGGCGGUGCUGCCCCCGCAGGUGCUCUCCCCGCCCAAGUCGCCGCCCUUCCCGCGCCUGCUGUCCGAGGGACCCUCCCCGCUCCUGAGCCCUGAGGCCGGCAGCGGGAGCCGUAGUAGCAGCGUGGUCUCGGUGGACAAGUGCAGCACGCCGGGUUCCUCGCGGUCACGCACCCCACUGACGGCGGCGCAGCAGAAGUACAAGAAGGGGGACGUGGUCUGUACCCCGAAUGGCAUCCGCAAGAAGUUCAACGGGAAGCAGUGGCGGCGACUGUGCUCCCGCGAGGGCUGCAUGAAGGAGUCCCAGCGGCGCGGCUACUGCUCCCGGCACCUCUCCAUGCGCACCAAGGAGAUGGAGAGCCUCUCAGAGGGCCGGGCCAGCGGGCUGCGGGAGGGCAGCGCCGAGUUCGACUGGGACGAGACCUCCCGGGACAGCGAGGCCUCCAGCGCCCGGGGGGACUCCCGCCCCCGCCUGGUGGCCCCUGCCGACCUCUCCCGCUUCGAGUUUGAUGAGUGCGAGGCGGCCGUCAUGCUGGUCUCGCUGGGCAGCUCCCGCUCGGGGACUCCCUCCUUCUCGCCGGUCUCCAACCAGUCGCCCUUCUCCCCGGCCCCCUCCCCGUCGCCCUCCCCGCUCUUCGGCUUCCGCCCAGCCAACUUCAGCCCCAUCAACGCCUCCCCGGUCAUCCAGAGGGCUGCCGCCGCCCGUAGCCGCCACGUCAGUGCCAGCACCCCGAAGGGCGCCGUCCUGAGCCCCGAGAUGCUGCACCACGGCUCCUCCUCGGCCUCAGCCUCCGCCUCCCGCGAGCGGCACCACUCCGGCAUCGCCGCCUUCUCCACCAACCUGACCUUCACGGUGCCCAUGAGCCCCAGCAAGCGCAAGGCCGCCGAGGCCCACCACGGGAGCAUGGGCGUCGGCAUGGGCGCCAUGGGCCCCGGCUCCUCGGCCGACUUCCACAAGAGCGACAGCCUGGACUCAGGGGUGGAGUCCGUCUCGCACACUCCCACCCCGUCCACGCCGGCCGGCUUCCGGGCCGUCUCUCCCGCCACGGGGCCUUUCUCCGCUGCCUCCCGCUCCCAGCAGGCCUCCCCGCUGCUGCUGGUUCCCCCGCCAGCCAGCCUGACCUGCGAUCCGGGGCCCAGCGUGCGCAGGGUCCCUGCCGUCCAGAGGGACUCCCCUGUCAUCGUGCGCAACCCGGACGUGCCGCUCCUGCUGCCGCCCUCCAAGUUCACAGAGAAGCCCUUGCGGGAGGGCACCCCCCGGGCAGGGAAGGCCGCCCCGAAGGAGCUGCUGGUCGGGAAGGGGCAGCUGCAGGCACCGGUGCCCAUCAACGUGGGCCGGACGCUGCCCUCCGGCCAGCCCUCUGCCCCAGAGCAGGCUCAGCCGCCACCCUGCCCCUUCCAGCCGGUGGCCUUCCAUCCCUCGCCAGCCGCCCUGCUCCCAGUCAUCGUCCCUGGGGAGUACACCAGCCACCCGGCCCCCAAGAAGGAGAUCAUCAUGGGCCGCCCCGGCACCGUGUGGACGAACGUGGAGCCGCGCUCCGUGGCGGUCUUCCCAUGGCACUCGCUGGUGCCCUUCCUGGCCCCCAGCCAGCCGGACUCCUCCGUCCAGCCCAGUGAAGGCCAGCAGCCUGCCAGCCACCCCUCAGCCUGUGGCCAGAGCAAAGAGCCCCCUGAGUCGGCUGCGGUGGCCCAUGAGCUCCCCAGUAGCGUCGUCGGCAUCUGCUCUUCUUCGAGGCCUGAGUCCGUGGGCAGGCCGAGCACCCCCCGCCCCGAGAGCCCUGCUCCAGCCCCCCGGCCCCCCUCAGCCACAGCGGCCGGGUCCAUCGGGGGCCCCCCUUUGCAGCAGCAGCAGGAUGACGAUGUCCCGGGCCCCCCGCGCCUGGACAGCGAGACUGAGAGCGACCAUGAUGACGCGUUCCUGUCGAUUGUGUCUCCCGAGAUCCCGCUUUCGCUCCCUCCGGGAAAGCGCCGGACGCAGUCGCUGAGCGCUCUGCCCAAAGACCGGGACUCCUCCUCCGAGAAGGACGGCCGCAGCCCCAACAAGCAGAGGGAGAAAGACCACAUCCGGCGGCCGAUGAACGCCUUCAUGAUCUUCAGCAAGAGGCACCGGGCCCUGGUCCACCAGCGGCACCCCAACCAGGACAACCGCACCGUCAGCAAGAUCCUGGGGGAGUGGUGGUACGCGCUGGGCCCCAAGGAGAAGCAGAAGUACCACGACCUGGCCUUUCAGGUGAAGGAGGCCCACUUCAAAGCGCACCCGGACUGGAAGUGGUGCAACAAGGACCGGAAGAAGUCCACCUCCGACCUGAAGCCCCUGGGCCCCGGGGGCUGCGCCAAGGAGAUGCGGGAGCGCAGCAUGUCAGAGACGGGGGGCGCCGCUCUCCCCGGAGGCCCCUCCGAGAUGCAGGUGCUGCUGGGGCCGGAGGGGAAGGCCGGCCUGGCGGGGUCCGGGGCCGAGGGCCGUGGGGAGCGCAUUCUGCCUGUGACGGGGACGGGGGCCCAGCGCCCACGCGCCUUCUCCCACAGCGGGGUCCACGGCAUGGAGAGCGACUGGGAGAGCCAGAUGUGCCCGGGGCCCCCGCUCUUCUCCGGCGGGAAGGGCCCGUUUGUGGGGCUGGUGCCUUCGGGGUCGCCCUUCGCGGCGCCAGGAGAGGGGCCCCGGCACCCGCUGCUGCCUCCGCCGCCACACGCCUCGCGCGCCUCCCGCUCCCAGCGCACCACCAGCGAGGACAUGACCAGCGACGAGGAGCGGAUGGUCAUCUGCGAGGAGGAGGGCGACGACGACGUCAUCGCUGAAGACGGGUUCAACCCUCCGGACGUGGACCUGAAGUGCAAGGAGCGGGUGACGGACAGCGAGGACAGCGAGGGCUCCGUGGGGGAGGGGCCCGAAGGGAAGGACUUUUCCCGGAAGCACUUCUCACCGGUCAUCCGCUCGGCCGCCCCGUCUCCCGCCUCCGGCCACCCGCCCCCUCACGCCCUGGACUUGGACCCCCCUCCUCCGCCCACAUCUGGCCACGACCCACAGCAGCAGCAGCCCCUUCCUCCCAAGCCCUAUGGCUCCUUCCAGGUGGCGCCCGGCCCCUCCCCCUCGAAGGCCCAGGACCCGCGGGGGGCAUCCCGACCCAUCGGCAGCGCACCUGCAGCCAAGCGCCUGGAGCCCCGUUUCGACCCCUCUUUGGCCGCGACUUCGUACAGGCGGAAGCGGGCAGACAGCGCAGGGCCGGAGUGCGGGGCUGCGACCCCCCUGCACUCGGUCAUCUCGUCGCCCGGCGGGGGCCUGGUGCAGGCGGUGGUGCUGCCGGACGCGACCCGCUUGCCCUCGGGGACGGUGCUGGUGACGGCCCCCUCCGCAGCGCCCCUGGGCACGGGCGUCAUCGGCUACAGCGGGACCCCGCACGGCCUGACCCGGGCGGCCUCUACCAUGGUCACCAACGUGGUCCGGCCAGUCAGCAGCACCCCGGUGCCUAUCGCCAGCAAGUCCUUCCUGCGGGGGUCUGGGGAGGGGCCGCCCCGACUCAGCCCCCACCCACUGACCGAGGGCAACACGAAGCAACCCGAGGGUGGGGGCCUCUCUGUGGGGCGCGUGGGGGUGUUCUAUGCGGAGAAGAAGGGCCCCCUGCCGCCUGUCUCCAGCGGAAGCGUCCAGCCCCCCUCCUCCUCCUCCUCGUCCUCGUCCUCUGCCGCUGCUUCCCACCUGCUGACCAGUUCGCUGCUGGGGCCGGGCCUGGCCGCCGUGGGGAGUAAGGGCCCCUCUGCCGGACCGGGGGGGCUGGUGACCAACCUGCUAGUGGGAGCGCAAGGGGGUGCCGGGGGGGCAGGGGUCCCGGUGGCGGUGCUCCCCCCGGGGGCUGCCCUGGCCCCGCCCCCGCCCGCCGUGCAGUUCAUUGCCCAGAGCUCCCCCGGCCCCAACGGGCCGCUGCCGCUGGGCCUCCUGCACCCGCAGGGCCUGCUCUCCGGGGCCGGGGCCAAGGCCGGGGGCAUCGCGCAGGUCCAGUACAUCCUUCCCUCGCUGCCACAGCCGCUGCAGGUCUCCUCCGGGGGGAAGGGGCCGGCUCUAGGCGCAGGGGCCACGGUGGGAGCAGCCCCCAGCAUCCACUUCGCCCUCCCUCCGGCCAAUGGGAAGGUGCUGGCCGCCCCCCAGGCCCCCUUCCCCAUCAUCCAGCCGGGGCCCGGGAGCAGCGGCGCCGGCGGGAGCGUCACCAUCAUGGCCUCUGCCCCCAAAGCACAAUCCGUGUCUCCGGUCCAGGCCCCUUCGCCAGGCGGCACAGCCCAUCACCCCCCCUUGGCGCCUGGGACGGCGGUGCCCCCUGCGGGGCUGCAGGUCCAGGGCAAGGUCCUGGUGCCCAUGGCCGCCCCCCAGGUAGCCGUCCGGACCACCGCGGCUGCCCAGCUGCCCCUGGUCUCCCCUCCAUUCACGGUCCCGGUGCAGAACGGGAGCCAGGCCGCCAGCAAGAUCAUCCAGCUCACUCCGGUCCACCCGGUGGUCCACCCGCAGCCGCCUCCGCAGAGCCCGGCCGCCCUGGUGCCUCCCUUGAGCCCGGCUGCCCUGCAGGGGGCCACCGUCGCCGUGGGAACCCAGGCCCAGAAGGUGCUGCUACCCUCCUCCUCCACCAGGAUCACCUACGUCCAGUCGGCCCCCCAGGCGCAGCCCAGCACCCUUUCGGCCGCGGCCACCUACGUCCAGUCCCCCAUUGGCCCCACACAGAUGGCCCUGGGCUUCACCACCAUCGGGCCAAACGGGCAGGCCAUCGUCCAGCCCCUGCUCCCAGGCCAAGGCUCGCUCCUGGCCCCGGGGCAAGUGGGGGUCUCCCCGCUGCAGAGCCCCCAGCUGCCCUCCUCCUGCGCCGGACAGGGCCACGUCAUCACCGCCAUCUACUCCAGCCCCGCCGGCACCAACCCAGCCGCCCCGCCGGCCGCACACAGCAUGGUCUACACCGUGGCCGCAGCCCCCUCCGCCACCCCCGCCUCUCCCGCCGCCAUCCUGCCCAAGUCGGGGGGCAGCACACAGCCCCCCGGGGGGUCCGGCCAGGGAGUGGGGGUCUCCACAGCCCCUCCGCCGGCCCUUCCAUCCGCGCCUGCCGCCCGGCCCCCACAGCGCCCGCCCCUCAAGGCCCCGCAGCGGGUGAAGGCCGCCAUCGCCAGCAUCCCGGUGGGCUCCUAUGAGGCGGCCCCCUCCCCCGGUGCCCCCCGGACCGCCCUGGGGCCAACGCAGACGGCGCAGCAGCAUCACCCGCAGCAGCAGCAGCAGGAGCCCAGUGGGGCACGGUUCCAGCGAGAGGCGGAGGGCGCAGAGCGAGUCCCCCAGGAGCCCCCCUCCCCCGCUGGGCAGGGCCCCGAGGCCAAGAGGGCGGAGCCCUGGGAGACCCCCUUCCCUCCUUCGCCACAGCAGACGCAGGCUGCCACCGAGGCCCUCGCCACAGACGCCUGGGGCCACCGGGAGAUGGCUGCGGGGCCCGGAGAAGAGAGGGCGUCCCGGGAAGCCCCCCCUGCCCCUCCUGCGGGCGGCAAAGGUGCCGAGACGCCCCAGCGGUUGCCAUCUUCGCCCGACUGGGGGGGCGCUGCCCCCGAUGUCCGCCCGGAGCCCCCCGCAGCAGCGCCCCCUGCAGCCCCUCCGCCCGGAGCCCUCAGCCCCGCCCCUUCGAACUUUGGGGAGGGCCCCAGGGGGGCGGCACCUUCAGCCCCACCCCCAGCAACGACUUCUGCAGCCGCAUCGGAGGGGGCCGAGCAGAAGGAAGGGCUGGUGGUCAAGAAGGUGAAGGUCCGGCCCCCUCCGCUGAAGAAGACCUUUGACUCUGUGGACAACAGGGUCCUCUCAGAGGUGGACUUUGAGGAGCGCUUUGCGGAGCUGCCCGAGUUCAGGCCGGAAGAGGUGCUGCCCUCCCCGACCCUGCAGUCCCUGGCCACCUCCCCCCGCGCCAUCCUGGGCAGCUACCGCAAGAAGCGCAAGAACUCCACAGACCUGGACUCCUCCACCGAGGACCCCAUCUCCCCCAAGAGGAAGAUGCGGCGCCGCUCCAGCUGCAGCUCGGAGCCCAACACGCCAAAGAGCGCCAAGUGCGAGGGAGACAUCUUCACCUUCGACAAACCAGGGACAGACGGGGAGGACGUCCUCGGGGAGCUGGAGUACGAGAAGGUGCCCUACUCCUCCCUGCGGCGCACGCUGGACCAGCGGAGGGCCCUGGUCAUGCAGCUCUUCCAGGACCACGGCUUCUUCCCCUCAGCCCAGGCUACGGCCGCCUUCCAGGCCCGCUACUCCGACAUCUUCCCCACCAAGGUCUGCCUGCAGCUCAAGAUUCGGGAGGUGCGGCAGAAGAUCAUGCAGGCGGCCACCCCCACCGAGACGGCGCCCCCCACCACCCCGGAGCCCAUCGGGGCCCCCGAGGGACCGCCCCUGGACCUCCCCUCCCAGGACCCAGAGACCGCAGCAGUGGAGAACAUGGCCGUGGCAGCGGCGCUGGUGGCGGCAGCAUCGGGGGGCCCUCCCGUGGCCCCCGGCUCCAGUUGGGAAGGGGCUCCACAGGCCUCCCCAGGGCCCAGCAGCAGUGGCAGAUGAGCGAGAGGGGCUGCACAGAAACUGAGGGAGGGGAGGCCUGCCCAGAGGGUGAAGGCCCUGGAGUUUUGCCCCUGUCUCCACCCCCCUCCCCAUACCCCUCCCAUUGACUGCCCCCCCCCCCGGACAUCCAAGGACCCCAAAAGGCAGCGGUGGCAGCUCAACCGGGACCCAGACACCCCAUGACAUGCAGCGUGGGGGGCUGCAAUGAAAGACCCACCAAAGGACCACUUCUCCUUUUCGGGUCCCCCUCCUUUUAAUAACGUUAAGUAUUUUGGGGUCCCGCAUUCGCAUCUGCUUCUGUAUCAAGACGUGGGGCGGGAAGGGGCCUUGUGGGAGCCGCUCAUCUCUGGAGGAGGAGGAGGAGGCCCUUCCGCAGGGGGCCCUGUUGCCCUGGCUGGUGGGGCCCCUCUGGGCACAGAGGCCUCGGGAGAGAGAGAGAGAGACUCGGGGCUCGGCUGGCGGACUCUUGAGGCGGAGUGAGUGGGUGAGAGAGAGUGCCCUGGUGGCCAGAGCCACAUGUUGACCAUGUGUAGCCCCUUCCUCCUCCUCCUCCUCCUCAGCAGCAGCAGCAUCGGGGUGGCCCCACCUCACCUGCUAUUAAAGCUCUUUAACAACC